CAACCAUCUCUCUCUGAAGUCCCGUCUCUCAGAACCUAGAGGUGCCUCCGGUGCCUGCCACCCGCAAAACCCAAUCCCCACCUUUUCUUCUCUUACCUUACCUUAGGUCUACGGAGUACUUUGUACUCGUUCGUUCCCAGCCCGCGCUUGUGUUGCCGCUGCCACUGCCACUGCCACCGGGGAACUUUGGGCUGGACUGGGACUACCGCAGUAAGGUAACCUUGGCUAAAGUAGUACGGUAGGUAAAGAAGAGACUAGGAACCACCUUACCUUUACUUUCCACCCUUUCUAAGGAUACCUUACACAGUACCUUACCCUGCCAUUCACUCCACUACCACCAAUCGUGUGUCGUGCGCUACCUUACCCUCAGGUUCCUUCAACUCCUUGUUGUUUCUCUCCUACCUUACCUGACCGCACCGCACCCUUUUUUUUAACCCUUCUCUUCUCCUCCUCCCCCUACCACCACAACUAACUAUUCCUCCUUCAUCUGGUCUUGGCAGUUCGACUCGUGCUUCAUAAGCUAAUUUAGGCCUCCACCCACAGCGCACCUUCCUCACUUUUGGUCUGGUCCCCAACGGAGCCAUGAUCUAAGGAGCCUCCGCCGACCUCCAUAUCCCAACUGCCCCUACACAAUGCUCUUUCUGCCAUCCAACUUGCACCGCCAACGUCAACAUCGCAAGAUUAUCCCCCGUUAGAUUUACCACAACCACGUAUAUCCGACCCGAACCAAACCCCCGUAUUCGAUUUUACAUCAACCAAAUCAUCACUAUCCUCAAGCGAACGAGUCAUCACCGCUCUUGUACCACAAAAGCGACGCUCGUAAAGUCCUGAACGAGGCUCCUUCUUCGCCAAGAGCGCAAUCCGACUUUCGACCCCAUUCAAGAUGUCGCACCAACCCAUGAGCAUGGAGGCCAUGCUCGACGAGGAGAGAAGAGAUGUUCUGGCCUUGCUCGAGGGUACCGCUGCUAGAUCCAACUGGAACACGGGCUCGCCCGUCUCUGCACGCUCGCCAUCGCCCUACACAACGCCCCGCUCGCCCGUACGAAGUAUGCUGGAUAUCGGCGCCGAUGGAGGUUCGAAGAGCCCACGACUCGGAAACGCCGUACCGGUGCGCAGCAUGCUGGACAUCAGCGGUCCUCCGGCUCCCGUUCGGAGCAUGCUCGAUAUCAACACCUCGGCUCCAAAGCAGGCUGCCAGUGCCGGCCCCAGUUCUCCAGUCGAAUCUCGCGCGCCUCACCCGAGAACCUUUUCCGAUUCACACUCCCAAAAGCCCAGCUUUGGCCCGCGCGCCCCAAUCAAUCGAAUGGAUCCCACACUGGACUACCAAUUCUCUGAUAUUUCUACUAACAAUAUCGGAACUGCUAUGCCGAAGCGCAACACACAGGGAAAGGCGCUGGGCGUGAAGAAGCCGGGCGGCGGUGCCAUGGUCGACGUCAUGCGCGGCAACGAGAUCCCCGGCAUUAUCCUUCCCGGCGACAGAGCCCGCCACGGCUCUAUUGCUAGCAAUCCCGUCAUGGGUGGGAGAAGCUCUAGCAGAGGUCAAGGCAGCAAAUCCAAGUCUCCUCAUGGCAGACUGAGCAUGCGCUCCCGCUCGCCCAAUGUCAGUGGUCGGCUCCAGCAGAUCCCUGGAACUGCCAUUCUUGAUGAUGGCCGGGUGGUGGACAUCUCAACCGCCUACCGCAAGCUGUCGGAUGCGAAUUUGGCAUUUUCAGGCGGAGGCCUGUCUGGGCUGGCCGGACGCAAAAAGUCAAGCGCAGACGAUGCUGGACUUGGACGUCUUACCAAGGACUAUCUCAGCCCUGAUGGAGAGGAGCUGGAAGACAGCAGCGACGAUGACGCGCACAGUUCUUCCGAUGAAGAGAACGAGAGAGGACGUAAGAUGUCGCCUCGAGAUGAAGAGAGCAAUGCCAAAUCCGGCAGCUCAGCCGACAAAGGUGACCGCAAGACGCUCAGUCUACUUGCCGCGGCCGAGGAAGAGCGCCUGGCAGUCAGUUCCAAGCAACCUCAAUACAAAUACAAGUCAUUGUUAGACGAACCUUCCAUCACACUCACCAAGCCAGGCGGCGAGAAGUCGAAAUCCAAAGCAGGCAUCCGCCCGACCACGGCGUUCGACAACGAGCCAGGCUCGGGAAUGGCGUCCGCUGUGAACUCGGACGAUGAGGAGGAGCUCAACGACAUCAAGCGCGCACAGAGACUUGCCUUCUCACGUACAGAAACCCUCAACAACCCCGAGUUUUCACGAACUCUACGCAUCAUCAUGCGCGGCGAGUUUGAUCAAAUCCAGAAGUCCGCCGAAGAGGAACAUCACAGGUUGAGAAAAUACCUGGUGGCCACCGAUCUCAGCGAGGAGUCGACACACGCCCUGGAAUGGACGAUCGGCACCGUUCUGCGAGACGGCGAUACUCUCAUCUGUAUCUACUGCGUCGAUGAAGAGACUGGUAUCUACUCGACCGAGGGAAUAAUGGUCCCCGACGAGCGUGCCGCGCAUCAGGAACAAGCAGCUGCUAUUAACGCCAUGUCCAGCGCCAAAUCACCGCCGCCAAACAUGACCAGCGCCCCGCCUUUCCCUCACCUUCCGCGAGCCUCGGCCUUGAACAAUAGCGACUCUUCUUCGCCGGCACCGUCCAGUAGGGAGCGCGGCCGCGCCGAGGAGGAACGCCGUCGUGCGGUUAACGACAUCCAGGAGAGGGUCGAGCGGCUGUUGCGAAGGACUCGACUUCAAGUGCGAGUGAUUGUCGAGGUCAUUCACUGCAAGAAUCCAAAGCAUCUCAUUACCGAAGUGAUUGAUAUUGUCAGCCCUACGUUGGUAAUCCUGGGAAGCAGAGGCCGCAGUGCUCUCAAGGGUGUGAUUCUUGGCUCGUUCUCCAACUAUCUUGUCACCAAGAGCUCUGUGCCUGUCAUGGUGGCGCGAAAGCGCCUUCGCAACAAGAGCAAGUACAAGAGAGGCCCUCUCAAGCAGGUCAAUGACCUUAACAACCCGGGAACCAAGAGCCUCGCCAACGCCAAGGUUGACUAGAAGGACCCCGCGCCGAGGCGUAGGCUGUCAGGACUGUGGAAUCGCUUCAACGCGAGGCGAGCGUCGUGGGCUGAGGAGAGGGAGGAGGUAGAGCCGACGGAGCAGGUGGAGCAGGCGGAUCGGCGCAAGAGCGCUUGAUGAGCAACACAAUUUCCUUUUCAUCAUGUUUCGUACAAGCCUUCCGCUUUGGACAGGCCUGGGACACGGAUCCCGGGCACUUUGUGGGAGAAGGCUUGCCAAUUGGGGAUGGGACGAAGAAAGCAAACGUGGUUUAGGCUAGAUACGAACCACGCGAGGCGUCUCACUUGUUUCUUAUUUCCCUAGGGGAUUUGACGAUUAAUCAUGUCAUAAAAAGCGGUCUAGCAGCAGACAGAACAACCACCAG